AUGAGCUCUUCAGAUGCAUCAAAAACCGACAGUGGUCCGACAGGUGGUCCCACUGACGCGCAAGACCUCACCGUUUUCGUGCAAAGUCUCUUGGAGCAAAUGCAAUCACGGUUUGCGCAAAUGUCUGAUGCCAUUAUUGGAAGAAUAGAUGAAAUGGGGUCCCGCAUUGAUGACCUGGAAAAGUCUAUUGCAGAUCUAAUUGAGCAGACAAAUGAAGAUGGCAUCAACAAGAACCAGGAGAUGCCGGCAUCUGCAGCUCAAGACAAGGUUGAGCGUGUGUAA